UUAUUUAUUUUUUCAAUUUCCAUAUUUAUAUUCUCACUUAUGAUAAUAAGUUAAUAGUUGGGCAGUACCAUAAUUAUAUAUUCAUUAUCACCGAUUCUGAACGAACAAAAUACGUGAAAACAAUGGCUCCCGUACCUUACAAUGGCAACGACGUAUGGGUACGAAGAGAGGACUCACCUACUGGUUCAUCAUCUAGUCAAUAUUUUGACCCUAAUGUUGCGGACAGCUCAUCGGCAUUGAUUUCUGCGGACCAAGGGAAGGAAUUAAACGGACAUAUACGAUCAGAAAGUGAGUCUUCUGAGCCGCCUGGACUUGCAAACAUUCCAAAAUGGCGUCGAUACGCUGGAGUUGGGAUACUAUUUUUCAUCAAUCUUCUAAAUUAUAUGGAUCGUUACACAAUUGCUGGCGUUUUGAUUCAAAUUACAGACAAUUUUGAGAUAAACAACGCAAUGGCAGGACUGUUACAAACUGUCUUCAUAAUCAGUUAUAUGCUUGUAGCUCCCUUAUUUGGGUACCUUGGAGACAGAUACAACCGAAUUAUUAUUAUGGUCGUUGGAAUGCUGAUGUGGUCAGGAUUUACUCUUGCCGCAUCGUUUAUUUCCAAACCUGAACACUUUCCACUGUUUCUACUUACUAGAGCUCUUGUCGGAAUAGGGGAAGCAUCGUAUUCGACUAUCGCCCCUACUUUGAUUGGAGACAUGUUUGCUGGAGCGGAUCGUACCAGAAUGUUGUCGGUAUUCUUUUUUGCGACACCUGUUGGUAGCGGUCUUGGUUAUAUCGUCGGUUCUGCUGUAGCAAAAGCUCUUGGAGGAUGGGAAUGGGCAUUACGAGUCACCCCUGGUUUGGGUAUCGUUGCAGUUUUGCUCCUCAUUUUUGUCUGCCCUAACCCGCCCAGAGGAGCGUGUGAAGCCAAAGCAAAAGGCGUCGAUAAAAACCAGAAUACUUACCUAAACGAUUUGAGUUAUCUUACAAAAAAUAAGUCGUUCAUUUUUGUUACACUUGGCUUUACAUUUAUGGCUUUCGUUGUUGGAUCACUUACUCUAUGGGGUCCAACAUAUUUUGCGUAUUCCCAAAUCGCGAUCGGGGCUUUGGAACCGUGUUUGGAAGACGAUUGUGACUACGCAGGCAUCAGUUUUAUAUUUGGGCUGAUUACAUGCAUCGCUGGUUUUGGAGGCGUUGGAAUUGGCGCUGAAUCCGCACGGCGUUGGAAGCUCAAUGGAUGUGCAUAUGCUGACCCUAUUGUAUGUGCUAUUGGACUUUUACUUGGUGCACCUUUGCUGUAUAUUGGAUUACAUUUAGCGACUGUCAAUAUAAAUGCCGCAUGGACUCUCGUAUUUUUCGCUGAUUUAACAAUUUGUUUCACAUGGACUCUAAUCAGCGAUAUGACCUUGUACGUUUGCCAGCCCAGUAGAAGGUCGACUGCAAACGCUGUACAAUUACUAGUCGGACAUUUAUUUGGUGAUGCUGGGAGUCCAUAUUUACUCGGCGUUAUCGCAGACUCUUUAUUAGCGGCAAAACCUGAUACGUAUAUGAGUCGAUACCUUGCGUAUCAGCGAUCAAUGUACAUUACAUUAUUUGCCUGUGUUAUAGGGGGAGGGGGAUUUUUAUUUGUUUCAUUAUUUAUCGUUGAGGACAAGAAAAAAGUUGACGACUUCUUAAAAGGGUCGGAUUCUUCAGCCUCUACAAAAACUAGUUCCGCUAAUAGUAAUAUCUCUAUCGGUAUGGAUGAUAGGAUUCCAAAGUUGCAAGUUAAUGACAACGACCUUCUCAACCCCGCUUCUAUGAAUAGCAAAACAGAACUAUAUCUUGAAAAUGAAGACGCGGAUGAACAAUUUCUUGUUGGAAAAGAUUCUGAAAUUUAAAUUUCUUUUUUCUUUAUUUGUUUAAAUUAUUUUUUGUUUUUAUCUUAGGAGGGUUGUGUAGUAUAGUACCUACAUAUUGCUGUGUAUGUAGGAGUACAAAUUAGCGGAAUGUUUGUAGUUGAAAUCGCAGUGUCACAGUUAUGGUUCAGUAAUUAUACUCUGCUAUGCCAUAAAAUACAAUUUGGCAGAAUAUUUCAAUUCAAAUUAUAGCCUCUCGAUUCUGCUAAGUUACAGAUUAGCAAUUACACUUUGGUAUUCUAGAAUAACAUAGCGACAGAAUAUAAUCAUUUAAAUCACAGCAGUCAAAUUCCUCCAUUUCACAGUCACAUGGUAAUGGUCAGAUUCCAAUUUUUUACUAUACUACACAUAACUUCUCUAUUUCAGCAAAUAUACUGUGCCGUAAUUGAUGCUUACAAUUUUUACGCUCUAAUGAUCAGGGGAUGACCUGAAACUUUUAAAAAAUUGAAAAGAAAUGUAAUUCGAAGAAGGUGUUUUUUUAGGGGAUUAGAUAAUGGAACUUGCUGUUUUAUUUAGAAUAUCCUGAUUCUGCAUUGAGAAUAGGAUAUAUGUUGAAUUUGAAAAGUUACAUUUGGCAACAAACCUAUUUUUUCUUGGGUUAUAGAUAAUUUGGAGCAGUAGUUUUAUAUAUCGUUGCCCCUUUACGGAAUUCUACAAAUCAUUAUUGCCCUCCAUAUGCCAAUACAAAAAUGUGAAGUUACACACAAAUUUAUCACAAAGCAAUUAAAAAUUUAGUCUAAUCUUUGGCCAUUGUUGUAUUUCAAUUGCUUGAAGCAACAAUUUUCAUCCACGUUCGGAGUUGAGACUUUCAAAUUUUUCACCUUUGCUCACGUAAAAUUGCUUAUAUUUAUUUGACAAAAAUUUUGAUCCAUGUUGAUCUCAAAAAUUUUUUUUAUUCAUUAGGCUUAUGAUAUUAGGUGGUUUAUAAAUGUUAUAAAUUUUUUGACGAUUAUUUAUAAAGUGGGGACCAAAUUACCCAUUGCCCCACUUUCACAAAUUAACCCCUACUGGCGGAAAUUUACAUUGCCCCACUUUUUGUUUAUCUUAUGUUAUUCAAUACUUUGCUAGUCCAACGUAUCCUAAUGGUGGAACAAUAACAUUUCAUACUGCGCGAAAACAUCUGCAAAUAGAUUCAUUUAUGCGACUGUUCAUAUAAAAUUAAAAACUGUCAAAUUCAAAGUUUUUGUGUGAAUUUUUUUUAUUGUACCUCAAUUUAACUAAAACUGAUUCAUCACUACACUUAUAUUUGCUCUACUUUAAAAAUUUGAAUUUUAAAACUGUUUACAACUGACACUGAUUAUUUUGGAAGAUAAAAUCAGAAACUACUGUCAUUUCUUACUUACACUCUAUGUGCGAAGUAGCAAAAAGUGUGGAUUUUCUCAGUAAUGAAAUUAACCAGUUGAGAACUUCCAUCCUGGAAGAAUUCUUUAAUUUGUUUUUCAUGCAGUAGCGA